CACUGAAAGUAGCUCCGGUGGGCAACAAGUUGUUCCGCUUAUUACAGUCAUUUUUAUUUAUCAUUGCAGUUCAUGUCAUUUACAUAUACAUAUAAAAUAAGAUAAAUACAAUUAAUGCAAAAAUAUAGAGAAAAUUAUUCUUUCUAAAACCACGCCAUUUAUUCAUUUAUUUAUUUAUAAAAAAUCGCGGAACCUUGAUGCGCCGCAUUUGUUUCCAGGGUGCAAAAUGCCGACAGGACACCUCGCAUUGCAUGGCUUAAAGAUAUAAAGAUAUAAAAAUGGAGCCAGAGAGUAAAAAGAGAAAAGGCAUGGAGUAUGAUCCAGACUCUUGGCAAGUCCUUCCGGUCCUUUCAGACGAAAUGUCUGAUGAUGUGGAAUUCCUGGACGCUUUCGCCGCCCCGAUCACAGAUAAACGCCAAACCUCACGUCUUGUCAAAGAUCUUUCUGCGGUCCACCCUAUAUCUGAUCUCCAGCACAUCAGACGAGUGAGACCUUGCAAGGACAAGAGCAGUCCUCACCCGUUAGAAGUGAUCGUGUGCCUCGUGAGCGACGUCCCUCAUAUCAAAGGGCGUCCGGCAUCCCUGGGGGAUCUUCUGAGCUCUGACGAGUUCAACCUUGAAGGCUUGGGAGAACCUUUCCCGGUCCGGAUCCCGGCCCGAGCUCCUUUAACCAGGCCGCAGUUCGAGCAGGCGAGCCUUCACUGGCCGACGUCCUUCCACGAGGACAAGCGUAUAACGCUCGGCUUGAAGGGACAACUUUUCACGUCCAGGCAGAAAACCAAAAUCCACGAAUACAUGACGUUAGCCGUGGAGGCGGCGAAAUCCGGGCGAGAGGAAGGAAUGGACGCGGUGGGCGGCGUGAUCGUCGACCCGAAAUCGGGAAGGAUCGUUGCCGUGGGUCACGACCUGACCCGGGAUCAUCCUCUUCACCAUGCAGUGAUGGUCUGCAUCGACCUCGUGGCCUGGGCACAGGGAGGAGGUGUGUAUGGGUACGAGAAACACCCCGCGUGUACAUACGCCGCCAUGGACCACCAGGUCCAGACAGGAGCCUCGGGGUCUGUGGAAAACGCCCAGCCAUACAUCUGCACCGGGUACGAGCUGUACGUCACCCGUGAGCCGUGUGUGAUGUGCGCCAUGGCUCUGGUCCACUCCAGGAUCGGCAGAGUGUUCUACGGAGUUCCUUCUCCUGACGGCGCUUUGGGCACCAAGUUCAAAAUCCACUGCCAGAAAGGACUGAAUCACCAUUUCGACGUUUAUCAAGGAGUCAGGAGGCGGAGCUGCGAGGAACUGGUCCAGUUGACGUGACUGCUGUUUUUAUUAUACCGUCUUUCUUACUUUUUUUUAUCGCAAAUAUUAUUAAAGAAAUUUAAUUUAUA